GACAGCAACAAUUGCUUCUGGGGGUGGCACGGGGCUUGCUUUCUGAGGCCAUUAGUAACUGCCAAUCAGUGAACAAUUCCUGGACGGGCCAAAAAACUCCACCUUCUUCUGGGAUGAUGUGGUCUGAAGAGCCAAACCAACCAUGCUGGCCUGGAGAACAACCAGCUCGGUCAAACCUCCCCUAUUUUCCUGGGCAACCAACCUCAUCUACUGCCCCCAGCUGGCCUGGAAACCCAGGUCAAUCAGCUAGACAACCAGGCCAGGUGCUCUGCCCAGAGCAGCCAAACCCACCUAUUGUACCUGCCUGGCAAGGACAGUCCAGUUGGCCCGCUCAGCCAGCCAUACCCGCCCUGCACCCCGGCCAGCCCGGAUGGCCCGGCCAGACCCCAUCCACUCCAUCCCAGCCCUGGCCCUGCCCACCCAUUGCACCAUUGGCAGUACCGUACCACAUCGACCUCCCGAGAGGAGUGUAUGACAGGAUGCUGAUCACCAUCCGCGGGCAGGUCAACCCCAAUGCUAACAAGAUUACCAUCAAUUUGCUGCGGGGUAAGGACAUUGCCCUGCACAUCAACCCACGCUUUAGUGAGGCUGGCAAGCAGGUGGUGGUGAGGAACCACUGGGUGGAUGAGUCCUGGGGCCGGGAGGAGAGAGAGCUGCAGGCCCCCUUCCCCUUCACCAGGGGCGCGCCCUUUGAGAUGAAGAUCCUGUGCACUUACAAUGAAUUCAAGGUUGCAGUGAACAACACACAAGUGUUGGAGUUCAAGCAUCGCAUACGAGAGCUGAAUCAAAUCAACCGCAUCGACAUCUGUGAUGACAUGACCCUCGCAUCCAUCAGUGUGGAUAACUUGUCCUGAGCCCCAUCACUUUACGGGGGCCACUAACUUCAUUGGCUUUUCCUGUCCCCGG